GUUUUGUUUUUUUUUUUGUUUUUGUUUUUUUUUUUUUUUUUUUUAAUGUGAAAAAUGAAGAUAAAAUAAAAUAAAGAAAGUGGGGAUAGUGGGAUCAGACUGAUUGAUUAAACAAUUUGGGAAAGAUGGGUUGUAUGAAAAGAUGGGAACAAGCCCAUGUGGGUUAGGGAAUGGCGGUGGAGAUUUUCACACAGCCAAGUCUCAGCUCAGUGGUGGUGAUAAGAUUUUUCAAAAAGGCGUGUGAGUGUGAGAGAGAGAGAGAGAAAUUUGUGCAGACAUAUUCUUCUAAGGAUCUUGAAGGAAUACUUGUCAAAAAAGUCGAGGAAUGCCCACAGACAAACUAUAAUCAGGACAGUGUAUUGGAGUUGGUGGAAGAAUCUGCAAAUCACGUUUUUGAUGUUGAAGGAAAUGAAAGUAAAGAUGUUUUACCAAACUGGUGGGGCUAUAAAUCUGGGUUUGUGUCAGGAGGUUAUCUUGGAGCCGAAUCCAGGAGAAAGAAAUCCCUCCCAACUGAAAAUGGUCAAAAUUCUUGGAACAGGGUUGCUUUUCACGAAGAAGAUCAAGAAAAUCUUUACAAACUCGUCCAAGAUAAAGAUGGAAAAGUAUUACAUUGGUGAAAUAGAUACAUCAACCAUCUUGGGCUUGGCAUUGGUUGUUCGGAGUUGUUGUGAAGCCUUGAAAGCUGGCAUACAGUUGCAGGGAUGAGGCCAGUACAUCCAGCUGCUUCAAGCUCCUCAUGCGUUCGACGGUAGAAGGCAGUGAACCCUGGAGGUGGUUGAAGCUAACAUCAAAUUGGUGUGAGAGAGGUCUUGCGAGUUGAUGGAGGUCUCAAAUGGUUGAGAUCCGGCGGGCGGUCAAGGCAAGGUUGCCGCCCGCCGGAAGGCGGAGAACACCGAGAACAUCAAGAUCUUUAACCUUGCUCUGAUACCAUGUAGAAAUUUAAUGUAUAAAGAGAAAUGAUUGUAUUAUUGAUUGUUGUAUGUUGUGAUGUAUUGUAUGUACAUUAUAUAGGAGAUGGAGAUGUG